GCGUGACGCUCAGUUAGUUUGGUUAAUCACCUGACCUGGUUGAGGAAGUUUCGACCUAGUUCUCUGUACUAUUCAAUCUAUUAAAUCUAACAACACUCGUGGAAAGAACUGUUCGUCAUUUUGAUAACCUGAACCGUCUUCAAGUCAUGGCUUUAAUCUAUGUAGUUGUGAUGCUUUUAGCUGCUUUGCACGACAGCGAUGGGACCUUGCGCUUUGCUUCUUAUUAUGGAGACCACAUGGUGCUGCAGAAGGCCCCACAGAAAGCUGUCCUGUGGGGGUACGGCCGUGAGAGGAAGCAGGUCACGGUCUACCUGACCAGUUCUACAGUUCUACAGAAAGUCUUAUCAGCCCCUGUGACAAACGGCAUUUGGCAAGUCACCCUUGAACCCGUUGAUGCUGGUGGUCCUUACAGCAUAUACGCUGCAGCUGAAAAUAGCAUAUGUAGCCUGAAAGAUGUGCUGUUUGGAGACAUCUGGCUAUGUGGAGGCCAGAGCAACAUGUUAUUCACAAUGUCCCAGAUUUUCAACUCAUCUGAGGAGCUUGCGCUCUCAUCUAAAUAUCCUCAUGUAAGGCCUUUUAUGACGGCUUUGAACAUGAGUAAAACUGAGCUGAUUGAUCUCAUCCAAGUGGAAAUACCCUGGUCUGCUCCCAACAGCAGUGUGCUGGCAGAGUUCUCUGGGUUGUGCUGGCUCUUUGGGCGUUACAUGUAUGAGAAGUUGAAUUACCCCAUAGGACUGGUGGAAUCAAGUUGGGGAGGCACACCAGUAGAAGCCUGGUCAUCCACAAGAGCGCUGAAACAGUGUGGGCUGGUGCCAAGUGAGGACAUGUAUGAACUUAAAGAAGACAUAAUCCAGCAAACUGAAAAUUCUAUGCUGAAGAGCACCGUUUUGUGGAAUGCAAUGAUCCAUCCAUUCCUCAAUAUGACCAUCUAUGGAGCCAUCUGGUACCAAGGUGAGGCGAAUACAGAGUACCAUAAGGACAACUACAACUGCUCAUUCCCUACGAUGAUAAAUGACUGGAGGAUGGCAUUUCACCAAGGCUCGGGGGGGCAGACUGCUCCUGACUUCCCAUUUGGAUUUGUUCAACUAUCCACAGACAAAGAAGGCGCCACAGAUGACGGCUUUCCAGACAUUCGCUGGCACCAAACUGCAGACGUGGGAUUUGUCCCAAACAUUAGGAUGAAGAACACCUUUAUGGCGGUUUCUUUUGACUUACCAGAUAAAACUUCACCGUAUGGCACAAUCCACCCUAGAGACAAACAAGAUGUUGCCCACAGACUUACGCUGGGUGCCAGAGCUGUGGCAUAUGGGGAAAAAGGCAUCUCUUUCCAGGGACCUUUCCCCAAAGUAAUUGUGCCUAGUGAAAGUACAGUCAACGUCACCUAUGACCAGGAGAUCUUCGUUACGCCAUCUAAAGACAUAUUUGAGAUCUGCUGCUCAGAGAAGAAUGCGUCAUGUGAACCCGACUCCCUUUGGUCACCAGCUCCCAUUAUGGUUUGGAAUCAGACCACCAUCCAGCUGUCUGCUUCUGCAUGCCCACCAUCUAAAAUUGCUGCUCUUAGAUAUGGAUGGAGAGACUGGCCCUGUGAAUUUAAAGCAUGUCCUGUUUAUGGUUCCAGUAAGAAUUUACCUGCGCCUCCUUUUAUCACCAAUCGAUAUGCAGGCAAUCAAAUUUGGUAAAGCACCUAAACUAGAAGGUGAGGGAAAAAAAAUAAAGGGAUUUAAAUUGAUUUGUUCUCUUUUCUAAUUAACAAUAUCCACUAUUUUGAUGAAUAAUAAAAUGACUGGUAGAAUGAAAAUGACUUUAGUCCAAUUUUCUCAGGAUAAAUGGAUAAUUUAAUGGUCAUACAUGCAAAAGAAUGUCUAAACUUUGUUUAUGCUGUAAUGUGUCACCAGGUGAUGCAAUAACUCUGAUUUCUUGGUGUAAUAAGGAUUAUGUUGUGAAAACCAGUGUUUUAAUAUUUUACCCAUUCUGAUUUUAUAUUUUUAUGUCAAAUUAUUUUUCAGAAUCAAUUUUCUAUAGUUCUCUUUUGUAUUCACUACAAAUUCUCUCAAAACAAAGUACUGUUAAUUUAUGGGUGAUAUUUCUACUGAUAAGGUUUAAAUAUGGAGCUAAAGGAUAUUGGACAAACUGCAGAUGGAUGCAUACAAAUUGUAGAUAAUGUCCAAGUCUGGGAACAUGUUUGUCCAUGUUCUGUUUUUUCCAAGUCA